CUCAUUCAUCGUCAUUACAUAUGGACAGGCUGCACAUGUUUCUGGUCAUUCUCUUAGGAGUUGUUUCUUACGGUCAUGAUCAGGUCACUGGAUCAGUGUUGGAGGUGUCAGUCCGACCAGGAGACAACAUCACUCUGUACUGUGACUGCAAAAAAUCAACUGGAGUUUACAUAGUGUGGUACAGGAACUGCUCUCAUGAGAAUCAGCCUCCGUUUGUCCUUGAAACUAGAGGUCCAAGGAUCUAUGACCUGAAGAUCUUCCCUCGUUAUAAGUUUGUGGACAACACUUCCUCUAAUUCCAAUGACCUGCUGAUCAUGAAUGUUACUCAAUCAGAUGAAGGGAUCUACUACUGUGGAACUGAACAUACAAAAUUGGAGGAAAAAGAUUACAUUGCUCCCAAAACUGAUUACAGAUUUGGCAACAUCACAACAAGGAUCAUACUCAACGCGAGUGACACUGAUCACUGUCAGCCUUCCCGCCCGAGAACACAAGACUGUGGUGAGUGCUGGACACUGCUGUUUUCUCUGUGUCCAGUUUCUGCUGUUUUCUCCUCUCUCAUCUCUGCUCUUGUGGCUUAUCAUCUCUGUAGAAAAAAAGCUAAAGGCCCUCAAGUUGAUGAGCAAAAACCUACAAGUAGACAUCAAACAGAACCGAAUCAGGUUGAAGAUGUGUGUUACGCUGCACUGGAAAUCCGUCAGCCAUCACAGAGACCAAAGAAGAAGAAGAGAAGUCAGAGUUCUGACUUCAGCACAUAUUCUGCCAUCAAAACUUCCAGGAUGUAGAGGGGCUAACAUAAAACAAAAAAGACUGUGAUGAUGAUUGAUAAAGACUUAUAAAACACAUUGUCUGCAUUUUAAGUGGCAUGACUAGACAAGAAGGAACAUUUUUAUGGGUAAAAUAUGUUUUUUUGUUGUUGUUUGUUUCUUUCAAGGUAAAAAGCACUGGUUUCUUUUAAAGGUUUAACUUUACCCUUUAGUGUCAACUCUACUCAGAGGAUCAAUAUAAUUGUGCAUAUAUACAUAAAGUCCCAUCAUUUUGACUGUUGAGGAAAAAGCGACCCCAGUCCUUCACAAAGAAAUAUACAGUCCAGCAGCAUUACACAACCUCAGCAAAUCAUCUACAGACUUGUAUAAGCAUAUACAAACAGUGAAGGUUUUAUUUUUCACAUCACAUUACAAUCCUCUCAAUCCUUUCCAAUUAAAAAAUGUUUAAUUGUGUAAAUUACGACAAAUUGUUAAAGACCCUUUUAUUGGUCAGGUUUUUCUGUCUGUGUGUCAUGAGCCACAGUGGAUAUGAAUUCGUUCAGCUUUCCCACAAAAUAUGCAUUGUGUGCACCUUAUUUCCUUACACCAACUGAAUCAACGUGAAUGUUCUGUUAAAAAAAAAAAAAGGAAAAUGAACCAUUUUAUUGUUGUUGAUUACAAUUCAGCUUCAGCUUCAACUUUUUUGACUGAAAUCGACCUGCAACAUUUCAUAACCAUUGUGAUGGCUGUUGGUAGCAAGACAUGUCGGCUGUUAGAUCAAUGAUUUCAGGCAAUUUCCUGUUCUUAUCUUGAGUUAGCCAUCAGCCCCAUCCCCUUCAUGAGUGGAGUUUGAUACAACUUAGUAUUUGUUAUGUUGGAGCUGCAGUAGAGAAUAAAAAUCAAACUUGUGUUUCCAAGAAGUUACAUGACAAUAUAGUGUGAACAAUAAAGCCCACCUCUGCUGUCAUAAUGUGGCACCUUGCAGCUCACAGGAAACCCACAUUGACAAACAACUCCACCAUCAUAGCACUCAAACAGACUGAAGCUGUAGGUCAGUGCGCAGUUUCAUUGUUCAGAGUCACUUGAGAAAGUGGCAGAAUGUAUCACAGUCUUCAAUCAGAAUUUAGAACCACUGCAGCGACCUCUGCUACAUUUGGAUGUAUGUAUUUCUGACUCUUGGUUAUAUCUGUGGCCACAACAUAGAAUGCGUACUGUGUGUACACGUACUGUUUGUGCCUGUAUACACAGAUGCCAGUGUUAGUACGGUGAUCGUUUUCUUAGCAUUCUUAUGUCGAUUAAAACAAUCAUGUGUCAAAUCUAAAUAGAUUUGGAGUUAAUUAUAACAAAUCAUACUAUUCCAUCAGUACAUAAUCAUUGUGUUAAACUAAAAAUGUUAGAAUGCUUGUUAUGCUGCCAGAAAACAACUCUGAACAAGCAAGUAAGAUGGCGAGUGACUCUGCUGUCCUAACACUGGUUGGGAGUUCGUUCCACACCUGAGGCGCCAGAACGGAGAAGAGUUGUGGCUUUGCUAAGCAACCUUGGUUUGCUCUCAGUGAUAGCGGUACCAUCUGGCCAGCUGAUGUAGUAGAGCAAAGUGCUCGUGAUGGGGCGUAUGGUCUGACCAGUGUUUGGAGGCCAGUACCAUUGUCUUGAA